AUGUUGGGUAUGGAGUAAGGUAUUGCCCCCAAAUGUUCUCCUCCAGCCGAGCCACGGAGCUUUCCUGGGUGGAGCGGGAAGGGCCUAUUCCUGUUCUCGCUUCUGCUCAGGUUCUGUUCGUGUUCGUGCAUCUAUGCCGGGGGUAGACAGCUUCCGCAGCCGAGGUCUUCACGCGAACUGCGGAAAGAAGCAGCGUGCUGCUAUCGAUCAGCCCGCCCGUGGAAGCGUUGCGGUAGGAAUCGAACUUGCGCUCCUCCUCCAAAUACUUGGAGUUAGAUCGAUGGGACUAUUGAUCAGGAGGCGAGCAUUCAGGACUGAAACGAGCUCCCAUCAAGUCCCAUCCUUGGAGCCCCCGCCCGGAGCCCCCGCCCGGCGCCCAUGGCAGCGGGCGAUAAGUAUGAUACGUAUUGAGAAGGAAUCAAGGUGGACGCGGGGUCACCGGAACUCAGGGGAUGCAUUCGUCUCGCCUGUCCCUUGUCAAACAGCACCCUUAGUUUACUAUGAAGUCUCGGGAAAGAGUGUUCUCGAAGGCUUCCACGCGGGCUCUGCGCCGUCGACGUGCUUGCCUAGCUGCCUGAAACGCUCUGCCGGCUGGCGUUAACACCGACGAGCCUGUCAGACAGCCGGUCUGACGCUCCCGUAUGAGAGGCUGGAGAUGAGAUGGACAACAUCUUCAUGGGGCGAGGUUUGGCGAGCCGAGGUUACAUAACCAUGCAACUCAGCGGCACUGACGUUGGUGGAGGGAGAGGGUGCAGGGAGUGGUAGCUAGGGUUCAAACCUUGUUUUCAGGCACGUCUUAUUCAGCAUAUCUUGAAACAUCCGGUCCCGAGGGAAUCCGACGUUAACUGCGCGAGCACACAGACUCGCGCUGUGGUGGAGAUGCUGUCGUGAGGUGUGCUAAAAACGGAUGAGUUCGAAACGAGCGGAAGAGGGAGACACACUCCAGUUGCAUCAAGAUUC